AUGACACAUUUUCAGAUGCACCCUCUGGGUUUUAUGGGAGACCAGGGAGACCCCGGACCCCCAGGACCUAUCUCUUUUGUUAAUGGGGGUUAUGCUAUUCAAGGACCUCCAGGGGACUCGGGUUUACGUGGCUUUCCAGGACCCCAGGGUGACCAGGGACCUCAAGGCUUUCCAGGACCUCCUGGCCAACCAGGACCUGAUCGUUUUGGUCCAGGUCUUCGAGGUCCUCCUGGGCCCAAAGGUGUAAAAGGAGAAGUGGGUGACCCCGGCUUACGGCCCACUGGUUUUGAAGGUUUCCCAGGACUCCCUGGGCCCCCAGGACCCAGUGGCCUUCCUGGACCUCAAGGCCCUCCAGGCACAAACGCUGAGCCCUGCUACAUCUAUCCUGAUACAGGUGACUCUGAAGGUCUACCAACUGCUCCCCCUGGAGGCCCCGGGCCGCCUGGUCCCACAGGAUUUCCAGGAAACAUUGGUGCCAAAGGGUUUAGAGGCGACCCUGGUGACUGCAGAUGUUCUGGAGGAGACUUCUCGGGGUUAGAUGGACCACCUGGACGUCCAGGAACCAAUGGCAGUCCUGGCCUGCCUGGGGUGAAGGGUUUUCUUGGAGACCCCGGUUCACUAGGCUUCAGUGGUCGUCCAGGACCUAGUGGUCCUCCUGGUCAGCGGGGCUUCCCCGGGCGUAAGGGAGAGAAGGGGGCUCCAUAUUACCCCACCCUAAAUCUGGGGUUCGAAGGGAGUCAUAGGAGAUCCUGGACCCAGAGGACCUACAGGUGA